AUGACAUCCCAUAGUACCGCCCAGGGGCCAGUGGGUAUUGGAAGGGAAGAGUAUUUCCCCCGUCGGAUGCUCGAUACUAGACAGUGUUCAGACCUGACUCUACUGUCCGGAGGCGGCAUCCUCUCGGCACACACUGAGCGCCCUGUAGGCCAAAGGGACCCGGCCGAGGAUUCGGCUACCUUCGCCCGAGCAGAGACGAGUCCUUAUCAGCCCUGUUAUCAGUGCAUCGCCAUCGAUCCCUUGCAACUAAGCUGGCCACUUCACUUUGAAGAUAAGUCGCAUUAA